AUGGCGAUGGAUUUUAUCUUAUCAAGAUCCACAGCAUUCCAGCUGGUCUCCCUAGUUAUUCUCUCAUGCUUCAUCCUCGAUCUCGAUGCUUCUAGUAGCGGGCCCUCGCACAAGGUCGACAGCAGCCUUGAACUCUUGCAUGCGGUAGCGAAGCUGCGGCAGGCGGUUAGAACAUCCUCCCUUCAGGAAGCAGCGGACUGCUCGGGCGAGCCUGGAGGGUGCUUCGGCACCCACCGCGCUAUCCAUCAGCUACUUCCGCUGAUCAUCUUUGGCUUCAUUGGAGCAGGUUUCUACUGGUCGUACCUGCGAUUUGUUUACCCUCAGGGUCGGGCCAAGAAGGCUGUAGCCGAGCAGCCGAGGACGGUGGUGUUUGCUCCUUCCCAGAAGAUCUAUGACACUUUCGGUCAAGAGAAUGCCCCGAACCUUGUUUGA